AUGCUUCCCACCGUCCAACUGGGCGCCAACGGCCCUCUGGUGCCCGCGCACGGUCUUGGUCUCAUGGGUCUUUCCAUGUUCUACGGAGUCCCCAUGCCUGAUGAGGAUCGACUGCGAUUUCUCGACGAGGCACAUGCUCGGGGGGUCACAUUCUGGGACACGGCGGACGUUUACGCCGACAAUGAAGACAUUCUCGCGCGCUGGUUUCAACGCAGCGGCAAGCGACAGGACAUCUUCCUGGCCACCAAGUUCGGCAUCCAACAGCGACCGGGGCUGCCGUCCAGCAUCCACAACGACCCGGCGUACGUGCGCGAGGCGUGCCUGCGCAGCCGCGCGCGCCUCGGUCUCGCCGAUGGCGAUGCGAUCGACCUCUACUACUGCCACCGCAUCGAUCCCGACCAGCCGAUCGAGGUGACGAUGCGAGCCAUGAAGCAGCUCGUCGACGACGGGCUCGUCAAGUACCUGGGGCUGAGCGAGUGCUCCGCGGCGACGCUCCGGCGCGCGCACCGCAUCUCGCCCUUUGCCGUGGACGCCUUCCACAACGGCCUUCUUCGGGCCUGCGAGGAGCUCGGGGUCGCGGUUGUGCCGUACUCGCCCUUCAGCCGCGGAUUCCUGACGGGGAAGAUCCGCAGCGCCGGCGACUUCGAUGCGACCGACCGUCGCCGGAUCCUGCCGCGGUUCUCGGCGGAGAACUUCCCGAAGAACCUGGCGGUGGUCGACCGGCUGCAGGCGCUGGCGGCGCAGAAGAAGUGCACCGUCGGCCAGCUGAGUCUGGCGUGGCUCUGCGCCUCGGUGAAAAUGGUCGUUCCCAUCCCGGGGACUACGAAGAUUCGGAACCUGGAAGAGAACGUGGGCAGCUUGGACGUUCGAUUGGACCCGAAGGACCUGGAAGAGAUUACUGAGGUGAUCCAGGCCGCGGAGGUGCACGGCGACCGGCAUCCAGGCAGUAUGAUGCCGUAUCUUUACGUCGAUACGGUCUCUCUGAGCGAGUAG